AUGGGUGACUCGCUCAACAUUCAGAAUAUGCUCGAGACUGGCUACUUUACCACGUCCAGAGCUCGCAGCACUGGCCCGUUAGUACUAGCCCUGGUGCAACUCCAGCUCGCGCAAGCUCGAUCCAAACAACUGACCAUGCUGACCUAUCAAUAUAGCUCCGCCUCCUCUUCCUCUUCUCGACCCCCUCCGCUCUCACAUUCUGCGCCCUCAGAACCGGUCCCGCCACCGGUCCCUGCCCAUGGCCGAGUUCCAAGAACUGUAUACCUUGCGCCUGCGCCGGAGCCUCGAAGGAAGCGGCCACCACCACCCACAGUUGAAGACGAGAUUGAAUCUCUUGCUAGGGAACAUGGUUCACCUGCUGCGACCUUCGUAUCUGAAGAAGAGCCGCAGUCCAGAGGCAAAGUCAACCAAGACAGUUUGAUGGAGGAUGUUCCUGAACAUAUCUCUGAGAGAAGAUUCGUCCUCGUUCCAGAUUCGGCUAAGAAAUCGACACCCCUUGCAAAAGAUACGCCCAAGACAGAACGGCAACACGAUGUGCACACCCCAAGGGACCGUAGUUCAGCUCGGAGAUCCCCAAGACCAGAAGACGACCGCGGACCACGAAGAGAUGCGACUGGCAGAUCACGUUAUGGUCCGGACCGUCGAAAGAGCCAGCAGGAACUGCCGACCAUUGAUACCGAGCUGGACGAUCGUCGUCAGCCUGAGCACCACCGAACUAGAUCGGCAGCCACUGGCCCUCGGCCGGACUAUUUCGAGCCUCGUCAAUCGCGCCCCUACGGUGACCAGCUAUUAUCUCCGGAUAUCAUCCAAAGCGGACCCAAGGGUCGCGAAAAGAGGUAUCGUGGCAUGAGCCAGUCCUCGGGAGGAUACCACGGGCGCUCACCGUCGAGUUCAAGUCAUCAGUUUGAAACCAGUCGCGACUCGGACCGUGAUUACUACGGAAAAGAACGAGCAUCUUCGUCGGCAAGACGCUCUAAUACCGACCUGGAGAGUAGCCGACCUAGGAGGAGAAUGACCAAUGACGUUGAUCCUCGGUAUCGUGACGAGUAUUUGUAUCUUAGAGGUGAUAAACGAGAUGCUUCGUAUGAACGAUCCGAUCGUCCCAAGGUCAAGCUCUCCCCGCGUUCGUCUCGGGAUCCUAGCCGCUCCGGAGAUGAAUACUCUCGAAGUCCUCGCGGCUCUGGCUAUCUGUCAUCGAAGCCAGUGAUUGUUCAAGAUGAAAAGCCGUCGGCUCGACGGGAUAGGAGGGACAAUGGUUCUGAGCACAUUCGAGCUUCCUCUCGAACUAGUACCUUCCCUCUGAUGGCAGGAGCGGCAGCGACAGCGGCAGCUACGACAGCUGCAAAUGGACAGAUGGCGCGUGACGACUUAAGAGACGUGCCAAGAGAGCCGCUCGCAAAGUCACCUCGCAUGACGGCACAGAUACCGAAGGAAUCUAAUACUCAGCUCCCAUAUCCAGACGACGAUUUUCCUCCUGGGGUUGGUCUUGGCAUACAAGGGAGAACUGCAGAAGGCAAACAGCCAAAAGUCGCUGACUUGGGUGCCGUGUCGAUGCCAGAACCCUCGCCAACAGUUUCCACUAAUCCAGGACGCUUUUUCGACUCGAGUAGUGAAGUACCAGCAACACCAUCGACGACGGCCGCAACUCCACAGAACUGGCAACCGCCAGCCUUUGACCCUGAAAAAGAUGGUGUUCAACUCGAGCGACCAAUUGGCACUUACAGACGAUAUUCUGAAAACCAUCCCAAAGAUGUAUCUGAUAGUUUACCAGAGUGUCCCCGUCAGAAGCCUGUUGCGGGCAAGGUAGAUUGGCUCACCCUCCCGCACACCAACUUCAACAUAUGUCCGACCUGCUACGACUCAGUUUUCUCUUCAACUGAAUAUCGCACCUUUUUUAAACCAAUGCUUCGACCAUCAGAUGAGCCAAUUUCCUGCGACUUUGGUGUCUCUCCAUGGUAUAGGAUAGCGUGGUUGCUGACUGUCAAGGACAAGAUUCCUGACCUGCGGCUGCUACAGCAGAUUGCCACCAUUGGUGCCACAUCCAAACGGGAGCCAUGUCCGGGUGACCAAAAAGCUACUCGGACCUGGCUCACCGUCAAGGAUCCCCAUACUCGACAACCGGUGACCGACUUUGCUGUUUGUUAUCAAUGCGCCAGAUCAGUGGAGUUGCUGCUACCAAAUUUGACUGGUGUCUUCGUACCAAUUGAUGCGAGGGCAAGCCAAGAUGUCUGUGCUCUGCACUUUACGCCGGAGCGACAAGAGUUUGUUUUGUUCUUUGAUGCGCUCGAAACUACUUCUGAUAAAGCUCUUGCGGCGAAGCAACCGCCCAACGUGGAUGAUCUCGCGCGUGAACUGUGGCACUUGUCUGUCGGCUCCAAGUGCCGGGAGGACAGUCCAGUGAUAGACGGAUACUGGCAUACGAUGCAGUUUUUGCCCCAGUUUACGGUGUGCAGCAACUGCUUCGGCAACGUGGUUAAACCGAAACUCGGAGACGGAAAUGUCAUUGCACGGAACUUUUACAUGAAGGCGCAAAGGCUACCAACGGCUACAUGCCAGCUCUACUCAACUAGAAUGAGGGAGAUUUUCAAACGAUCCUGCCGAAGGAAUGAUCCUAAAUACCUAGAAGAAAAGGUGGUUCAAAGACGACGUAUAGAGAAAGAUAUCUAUGAGAAAUUGGUCAAGCUAGACAGAGCAAAUGUGAGCACUUCAUGGAAGGAAGAACAGGUGGAGAAGCUCGUUGAAGAAUGGAAGAGAUGGGAGUAG